AUGGCCAGUCCUCUGCCAGAAAUCGGGGCCACGCUCGUCGACCAGGACGAGCUUGAAUCGUCGCUCACCAAAAAGGCCAACGACGCUCUCCUCGCCAAAGAGAGCGAGCUCGAUGAGAAACGGCUCCAGAAAACGGCACAGGAGCUCGGCAAGGCCCGCAAAAAAGUCGCUGUCUUGGAGCGGCGGCUCGCCGACGCCCGCACCAGAAUCUCGCUGCGGCGCCAGCUCAAGGACGAGAUUGCCUGGCUCCAGGAACACGAGGUGGCGCCGUUGCUAGCCGAUGUGCAAGAUAUCCAGGCCCGGCUCGCCGCCACCCGGGCGCAGCUCGAAGGGGGCGCGUCACGUGCCACGGCCGGCGAGACGGAGCGGGACUUUUUGAUCCGCACGGGCCGAAUCACGGCGUUCGGCUCUGCCAGUGGGUUUCUGGCUGCAAACGAAGGCGAGGGCAAAUCGCUGGUGCACCUCCGGGCGCCGGGCUUUGGCGCCGGCGGGCCAUCCGCGACGAAAACCGAGACCUCUGACGACGAGUAUGUGGCCAGCGAAUCCGGCUCCGAAACGUCCGGCAAAGACGGAGCCGGGGAUGUUUCCGGGGCGGAAUCCGCCGACGAGGGGCCGCGGGUGAAACGCCGCCGAAACACGCCCAACGAGGCGGGAACGCCCACGCCGGAAGCCGGGCGGGGCGGGGCGUGCGUUGCCCAGCGAAACGUGGAUGACGGCGACGAGGAAACAUACCAGAAACGGCUCCAUGAAUGGGUGCAAACCCGGCUGCGGUUGCGGGCCGAGGCCGAGUCCAGGGGCGACGACCCUGGGCACCCCGAGUGGCAGCGGCCACACCCCACCAUCCCCGACGCCGUCCUCAACGCCGACUUCCGCUUGCCCGGCGACGUGUUCCCCUCGCUCUUCGACUACCAGAAAACCUGCGUGCAAUGGCUCUGGGAGCUCUACGCACAGAAAACAGGCGGCAUCAUCGGCGACGAAAUGGGCCUCGGCAAAACCAUCCAGGUGAUUGCGUUUUUGGCCGGGCUCCACUACUCGGGCCGCCUCGACAAGCCGGUUCUCUUGGUGGUGCCGGCCACCGUUUUAAAUCAGUGGGUCAACGAGUUCCACCGCUGGUGGCCGCCCCUCCGCUGCGUCAUCCUACAUAGUAUCGGCGCCGGCAUGACGCCCCAGCUGGUGCGGACCGAGGAGCAGCUCGAGAGGCACAUGGAGCAGGACUUGGCCGAAAGCCAGGCCCCGGCCCACCUCCUGCAGUUGCCACACGACCGGCUCUCCAAGCGCACGGCCAGCAACCAGGCCAACGCCCGCGAAAUCGUGCGCCGGGUCUUGCAAAACGGCCACGUGCUUGUCACCACCUACGUGGGCCUCCGCAUGUACCUGCGGCACAUCUUGCCGCACGAGUGGGGCUACGUGGUGUUGGACGAGGGCCACAAGAUCCGCAACCCCAACUCGGAAAUCUCGCUCACGUGCAAGCGGGUCCGCACGCACAACCGCGUCAUUCUCUCGGGCACGCCCAUCCAGAACAACUUGGUGGAGUUGUGGUCACUCUUCGACUUUGUGUUUCCGGGCCGCUUGGGCACGCUCCCCGUGUUCGAGCAGCAGUUCGCGGUGCCCAUCAACAUGGGCGGCUACGCCAACGCGUCCAACGUGCAAGUGCAGACCGGCUACCAGUGUGCGGUGGUGCUCCGGGACUUGAUCUCGCCGUACCUUUUGCGGCGGCUCAAGGCGGACGUGGCGCAGGACUUGCCCAAGAAGAACGAGAUGGUGUUGUUCGUCAAGUUGACCCAGACGCAGCAGGACAUGUACGAGCGGUUUUUGGGUAGCGACGACGUGGGUGCCAUUUUGAAGGGCCGCCGCAACGUGCUCAUGGGCGUGGACUUGCUCCGCAAGAUCUGCAACCACCCGGACUUGGUGGACCGCGAGCGUCUUUUGAGAAAGCCGGGCUACCGCUACGGCGCCAUGGCCAAGCUGGGCAAGAUGGUGGUUUUGAAGAACUUGCUCCAGUUGUGGCAGAGCCAGGGCCACCGGACGCUUCUUUUCUGCCAGACCAAGCAGAUGCUUGAUAUCUUGGAGAAGUUUGUGGGCGCCUUGCGGCCGCUUGCGCCGGGCUCUGGGGCUGAUGCAAGAGAGUCUGGGCCUGCCGCGGAUCCCAUCGACACUCAUUUCAAUUACCUCCGCAUGGACGGGGCCACGCCUAUCGCAAAAAGACAACAGCUCGUGGACACGUUCAACAGCAACACCCACUACCACGUGUUUCUCCUCACCACCAAAGUGGGCGGCUUGGGCGUGAACCUCACCGGCGCGGACCGUGUGAUUAUUUUCGACCCCGACUGGAACCCGUCCACGGAUCUCCAGGCUCGUGAGCGGGCAUGGCGCUUGGGCCAGAAAAAGGACAUCACCAUCUACCGGCUCAUGACCGCAGGCACCAUCGAAGAGAAAAUCUACCACCGGCAGAUCUUCAAGACGUUUCUCACCAACAAAAUCCUUAAGGACCCGAAGCAGCGGCGUUUCUUCAAGCUCAACGACCUCCAUGAUCUAUUCAGCCUCGGCGACCCGGACGAGCGGGGCACGGAGACUGGCGACAUGUUCGGCAGCUCCGAAAAGACAUAUGGGGGCGGCCGGGCCCGCAAGCUGACGCGCUUGCUGAAAAAGGCACAUGCCAAUGACGAUGAUUUCUACCGUGUGGCCAGUAUCAUGGGCGUCUCGAAACUCGACGAGUUUGCUGGCGAAGACGAGGCCAAUCCUGAAGACACCAAGAACAAGGACGACAGCCGUAUUAUGGAGGGUCUCUUCUCCAAAGCAGGCAUUGUGCACAGCACUCUCAAGCACGACGAGGUGAUGGACUCGUCGCCUCGGGAAGUCAGCCUCAUUGAAAAGGAGGCCAGCCGCGUGGCUAAAGAGGCUGCCGAUGCCUUGAAACAAUCGCGGCUCAUAGCUCGCCGCAAGGCCAUCGGCACGCCCACAUGGACAGGCAAGUUUGGCACGGCUGGCCGGUUUGGGCCGCCGAAGAAACACGCCCUCUUGGCUAAACGCCCCUCGGGCCGCGCGGAAUCCGCAGACCCGUUGUCCUCGACUUCUAUCUUGCAGGGUUUUCGCAAGGGAAAGAAGAAAGGGGACGCGAUCCCACAUAGAGAGGCGCUCCUCGACCACAUCGUUGAUUUUCUCUCGCGGCAGCCGGACCGGUUCAGCAAGUCCAAUGCCAUUUUGCAGAGCUUGCCCGAAUCCGUGGACACCAACAACGAGACGCAAAUGGUCACGGUCCGCUCUUUGCUUCGGGAGGCCGCAAAUUGGGAUUCUGAGGCUAAGGGCUGGAGAUUAAAGGCUACUUUCGAGGAGACGGGUUAA